AUGGCAAUACCAAGGGACGUUGGGAGAACAAUCAAUGAAGCCGCCUACAAUGACGCAACGAACAUGACCGCUGUUAACUGCAUCAGCUUUUGCUCAUCCAGGGGCUUCCAAUAUGCCGGAACGGAGUACAGCCAGGAGUGUUACUGUGGAAGCCAACUUGCAGCCGCCGCAGCAAAUGUUACCGAAGCAGACUGCUCAUCACCCUGCACGGGUAAUGCCAACGAAGCCUGUGGGGGAGCGAAUCGUUUGACUUUAUACUACAGCUCUCAGCCUGUGGGCCCUCAGCCGAACCCAGGCGCGAACGGAUACAGCUACAUUGGCUGUUAUUCAGAGGGAUCAAGUGGCAGGACCUUGACACACGGCAUUGGAACCGUUCCAGCGGCACAGAUGACAAAUGCCGGGUGUAUCUCAGCUUGCAAGGCAGCCGGAUACUCACUGGCUGGCACUGAGUACUCAGAUGAAUGCUAUUGUGACAACAGCAUCCAAAACGGCGGGGCACCGGCCACGAGUGGUUGUAACAUGGUGUGCAAUGGAAAUCAGACGGAAAUCUGCGGAGGUAGCAGUCGCCUCUCCAUGUACUCUCUGAACGGGGUUGUGCCCAGCGCUCCGAGUUCCACUGUAUCCGCAAGCACGUCAACGGCCUCCACGCCGGCAGCCACAGGGUUUCCAACGGGCUGGUCAGCCCAAGGAUGCUGGGUCGAUAACAACCAGAACCGUAUUCUCUCCUUCAUGGCCCCCGACUCUCAAACAAUGACCCCCCAGUCCUGCGCCCUCACAUGUAGCAACGCCGGCUACACCGUCUCAGGAACCGAGUAUAGCACCCAGUGCUUCUGUGGGAAUGGCAUUUCGAAUGGCGGUGUCCAGGCUACAUCAGCCACAGAAUGUAACUCAGCGUGCGCGGGAGACACCACGCAGACAUGUGGUGGGCCCGACAGGCUGUCCAUUGUCUCCAAAGGAGAACCUGGUGUCGAGCUGCCUCCAGCGCCGAUCGGGCAGGUGGGCAGUUGGACGUACCAGGGAUGUUACAAUGACAAUGCCAAUGGCGCCAACCAACGGACCUUCCCGUGGCAGCUCAUCUACGCCGGAACCUUAACUCCCGCAAUAUGCUUGGAUAAGUGCGCGUCGUUUGGUUACGCAGCUGCCGGCCUGGAGUACGGCCAAGAGUGUUAUUGCGGUGAUCCACCCGAUAUCACAAAGAACAACGCUACGAAGCAAGCCGAGACAGGCUGCAGUAUGGUCUGCGCGGGUAACUCUUCGGCCAUAUGCGGAGGUGAGAGCCGACUUUCAACGUACUUCUGGAACGGCACAGAACCUCUCUAUACUUUUAGCUACCCCACAGGUGCCGCAGCUGGAGAAUACCAGUUCCUCAUUGGAGGUGUGACAAUCCCUUUGAUGGUGUCCGAGUCCAUCACCGGCAAGGUCAGCUUCCUGUCCAAGUGGGGCACCGGGCCGGGCAACGAGACGGGUGCAUAUGAGCUCGACCUCACGCAAGUGAAUAACUUCGCCAACGCGUGGAGGACGUUGCACGUUAAGACGGAUCUCUUCUGUGCGGCUGGUGUGGUGCUUCCUGACAAGGGGGGCCGUCAGUUGACGGUGGGCGGAUGGUCUGGUGAGUCGACUGAGGGUGUCCGGCUGUACUGGCCCGACGGCUCGCCUGGUGUCUGGGGCACGAACGACUGGCAGGAGAACGUCAAUGAGCUUAGCCUCCAGGUCGGACGCUGGUACCCUUCGGCUUUGGUCAUGGCGAAUGGGUCUAUUAUGGUCAUUGGUGGUGAGGUCGGGUCCAAUGGUGCGGCUGUGCCUUCGAUCGAGGUGCUGCCUCACACUGGCACAGCGCCGUUGUAUAUGGAUUGGCUGGACAGGACUAACCCCAACAACCUGUAUCCCUUCGUUUCUGUGCUCCCAUCCGGCGGCAUCUUCGUUCAAUACUGGAAUGAAGCGCGUAUUCUGGACGAGCAGACCUUUGAAACCACGAAGACCCUGCCGAACGUACCCGGUGUAGUCUAUGGUACCCUGGGUGGUAGGACAUACCCUCAAGAAGGCACAGCCGUACUCUUGCCGCAGGUGUAUCCCUACACUGACCACCUGGGAGUACUCAUCUGCGGAGGCAGCACCGUCGACGGGCCAGGCAACGCGAUUGACAACUGUGUAACCACCUUUCCCGAGGAUGCCAACCCGACAUGGACCCUGGAGCGCAUGCCUUCGCCCCGCGUGAUGACAUGCAUGGCGCCCCUCCCCGACGGUACAUAUCUCAUUGUGAACGGUGCAGUGCAGGGCUGGGCCGGCUUCAACCUCGCCAACAAGCCCAACCUCAACGCCCUGCUCUACGACACCUCAAAGCCAAUGGGAUCCAGGAUCAGCGUCAUGGCGAACACGACCAUCGCGCGGCUUUACCACUCGGAGGCUAUCACGCUGCUCGACGGGCGCGUCCUCAUCUCGGGGUCGGACCCCCAAGAUACAAGCGCUGCUCAGAACCCCCAGGAGUACCGUAUUGAGGUCUUUAGCCCGCCAUACCUGCUGGAGGGCAAGCCGCGACCGACCUUCACGAUCGCCAACCGCGACUGGGCGUACGGCGCGACGGGCAUCCCGUUCACGCUGGGCGGCGCGGCCCAGAAUGGCGCCAUCAAGGUCACACUGCUGGGCGCCGUGCACAGCACGCACGGCAAUAGCAUGGGCGCACGGAACCUGGUGCCGAAGAUAUCAUGUGCGGGUACAAGCUGCACCGUCGACGCGCCGCCCAACGCGCACGUAUGCCCGCCUGGUUGGUACCAAUUCUUUGUGGUGGACGGGGGCGUGCCAGCCGUGGGCGUUUAUGUGCGGAUUGGGGGGGAUCCGGCUGAGCUGGGCAACUGGCCCAAUUUCCCCGACUUUACCGUCCCAGGGGUGUAA